UGAUGAUGUCAAAUUGAUCCAUUUCUUAUCUUGCUUAUGCUUUUGGUGUUGUAUCUCAGAGGUUUUGGCCCAACCCAAAGUCAUGAAGAUACACUUGUGUUUCCUUCUAAGCAGAUUCUAUAGUUUAAACCUUAAGUUAAGGUCUGUGAUCCAUUUUGAGUUAAUCUUUGUACGUGGUGUGUAAUUCUGUAUAUGGUGAGAUGGGGGUCUGACUUCAUCUUUUUUUGCAUGUGGAUAUCCAAUUCUCGCAGCAACAUUUGUUGAAAACAACAAAGAAACUAUUCUUUCCCCCAACUUUCUUGAGUUGCUGUGGCCCUUUCGUUGAAAAUCUCAAUCAAAGUUUAAUGCCCCAACUUUCUCUUUCUCUGUCUUCUUGCUUGUCAUGGUGAUUGGCAAAUGGGUACAUAUAAUAUUAACCGCUCUUCCAAGUAUGUGACUGCGUGAUCAGAUUCACCCAAAGCCGGCAGCAGUGUGCCCAGCUGAGGUCGGUCAAAGACACUGUGGUCGACCCGAGGGGCGGUUGCCACUCGCCUGCCGUGUGAUCUGGUUCAAGUUUCUCGGUGGUUCUCUGCCUCAGUCUCCCCACCUGUGAACCAGGGGUGCUGACAGCUCCUUCUUCCCUCAAGGGUUACUGUUAAAAAAAAAGGAAAGGAUGAGCGGAGCAGUUGACGUCAGCUGUCCCGCUGAUGCAGCGGUGCUUUCUGACGACCGCCGUCACUUUGGGUUAGAAGGGCUCAGCCUGGCGCCAUGCAGACUGAAAUGAAAGGCGGGAAGGGGUGCCCACAUAGGGGAGGGGCCUCCGCGCAGGUGGUGGUGUCCAGGAAGCCGCUCCUUUAGCCCAAAUCCAGCCGUUUCUGCCGUCAGCUGCAAGUGGCAAUGGACUCCAUGCCUUCGGGUGGAAAUGCAGCCCCUUCUCUAGGACAGCCUGGUGGGCAUGUGUUCCUGUCCGCCGCCAAAGAGUCAUGAAAAAAAAAAAAAAAACACGACUGGCUUAACCUCCUCUCUGUUGGGUUUGUGUGGGUUCCUGGUACAGACGCACACACUUCUCCCGCACGCACGCACGCACACACCUCUCCACCCCUUUCCCGGCAGGCUCCCUCCACUUCUGCUUUCAUCUGUACGUGGCUCCCCGUCCAGAGGGCCAGGCAUUUUCAUGCCCCACCUGAACCUUAACUUGUCUGCUAAGGUGGGGCCUGACCCUCGGCACUGGUGACAUUUGGGGCCAGGUCGCUGUUUGUCCUGGGGCCAUCCUGUGCAUCACGGGAUGUUCUGCAGCCUCCCUGGCCUCUACCCGCUAGAUGCCAGUAGCACCCCCUCCCUCCAGGUGUGACAACCAAAACUGUCUCCAGACAUGGCCCCCUGGGAAGCAAAACCACACUCUCUUGAGAACAGCUGCCCCACAGGGUCUCGGUCAAGGUGCAUGAGACAGAAAUUGGGAGCCGGAGGAUAGGCCCUCCGGGUGGGUGUUGGGAGAGUGUCUGUUCCGCACUCAGAGCCCGUGUGCCUUGUCUCCAGGACCUCGCUCCCCUCGGAACGCUCUGGGCAGCACUGUGUCCUCCUGCCCUGGUGGGUUUGAGUGCAGCGGGCGUGGCACCCACGGCCACUUGGCCCCCAGCGCCCUUGAACCUCCCCUCGUGGCUCACACCACCUCCCCUCUGAAGCUGUGCCUGCAAAGGUCCUCGACAUGAAAAGAAACACAGAGAGAGCCGCUCCGUGGAGCCCCAGCCCCGACGAUGAAGCCUCGCUUUCGAGGCAAAAACACAAGUUGCUGCAAGUCCGAGAGAGGGGAGACGUGCCUCUGCAGAGAAGACAGGACCUCCAGCAGCAGGAGAGCCAGCUGCUCCAGCGUUUGGCCCAGGUGUUGGGGGCAGAGUCGCUGGGGGCCCCAGACCAGCAAGUCCAAGGCCUGGAAAGGCUGUGGUUGGCACAUCUGCUGGGUGUGGGGGGCGGACGGGCCGAGGACUGUGAACUUGACUUGGAGGGGCUGGCCCAGCGGGGAGCAGCCAGGCCGCCCAGGGCUGGGGGUAAGCCCCGAGCGGCCGUGCGGGCCGAGAAGAGUCACAGGGAAGAGCUGGUCAGACGGCAGCCCUGGCGUUCCGUGUCCCGGAGGGGAGCAGUGGACCAGGAGAGGCCGGGAGCCUCCAGGGCCCCUGGCCUGACUCCUCCUACCCCGGCCCCCCCAGAGAGGAGAAAAGGGAAGCGAGGGCUUUCAGUGAAGACUGGCGGGGGCCACCGUCCCGUGGACCCUGAGCUGAGCAGAGGGUCAGACGUGGGGAAGCUCUUGGCUCUGGCAAGGGAGAUCAUGUGCCUGGAGAAGUGGGGCAGAGAAGCAGCCUGGGACGGCAGGAGGCUGCCGGGGAAGGGGUCAGCUCUCCCCGCCCAAGGCCCGAGAACCACCUGUCUGCACCAGAGUCCCGAGGGCCCAGCCAGCAGCCCGGAGCAGCUGUGGCCGGCUGGCCGGGCCCACAGGAGUGAGACCUCCUCACUGGCGUGCCCACGCAGGUUCAGCAGCAAGAGCAGGUGGCAGAGAGAGCUGGAGUUUGCCUUCGAGGAGUUGUUUAAUACAAACAGAAAGCUGAAAAAACACCUGAGCUUGUACCUGGACCUCAAGCCCAGGACAGAGCAGAGCCCCAGUGAAGAACAGGGCUUCUUGGGGAUGCAGUCACGGAGCAGGGAGAGCCAGAGAGAGAAGAAAGCCAGAGACCCAGAGGCAGACGUUGUGCCGGCUGGAGAGCCCAUGAGUCCAGCGGGCGCGGACGCCCACCUGACACCAUCCAAAACCAGCUUGAAAAUGUUACUAAGCACACUGGAGAACCCCAAAUCCCAUAGGAUGGCCAAGUGUGUGGUGCAGAAUGACAGUACACAGUCUCCCGAGGCAGGAAUGUUGAUGGGCAGAAAGAACCUGUUCUCAUGUAGCCCGGAAUCCGGACAGGAGCUGCCCAGACCCUGUGAGCUUCACCCACGAGGACAGGUGGACAGAGCGGGCCUGAUAGUGGCGAGGCAGAAGCAGAAAAUGCAGAUGAAGCGUCAGAGACCAAAGCAGCUGGAGCUGCUCAAGCCAUUCGAGCACCCGAAGGAGAGCUUGGGGGCCGAUCUCCAGACGGAGCCAGAAGGUGGGAGGAGGGAACCGAGACAAGCCAACCUGGCCCGUCUGAGGCCCGACUCCCGUCCCGACCCGGGGAAGGAAGGAGCGUAUGACUGCAGCCCUGCGUCCCCCUCGGCUGGCUUCGUCGACGAUGACGGGCACAGUCAGAUGAUCCGUGACCUCCAACAGCACAUUCUGGAGCAAAACAAGUUGCACAAGCAGUUUCUUGAAGAAGCCAGGAAACGCUUGCAAGAGUUUCAGAGACUAUGUUAAAAACGAGAGUCCUGCCUGCAGUAAAUACAUCGCUGAUAACUGGGCGUUCUGCCGGGCCUGGUACCCCCGUCUGUGCUUGUAUUCGCGUUGUCCGCUCAGAAACCCAUAGCCUCUUUAAAAAACGGGCCAUCAGUCGUCCUCCCGUCCUUUGGAGCGAGUUCCCCUGCAGGGAUUGUGCCGAGUCCCAGUUCUGCCUUUUAAAAACUAAGUCCUGUUCAGGACGGCUCCUUAGCACAAAAACAGGAACCGUGUGGGGCGCGGUGCCCGGGUCUGGCCAGCGCAGCCGAGGUGUGGCCCAGAGCGGAGGCUGUUUUCAUGUGCCACGGGCGCAGAUGGAAACUCCAGUGAUUCGGGCCAAAGCGGUCAGCGAGAAGGAGGUGGACUCCGGGAACGACAUCUACGGCAACCCCAUCAAGCGCGUCCAGUACGAGGUCAAGCAGAUAAAGAUGUUCAAGGGACCCGACAAGGACAUCGAGUUUAUCUACACGGCGCCCUCCUCUGCCGUGUGCGGGGUCUCGCUGGACGUCGGAGGAAAGAAGGAGUAUCUCAUUGCAG